CAAACAAACUGAUGCGCUGUCCUCCCCUUCGCCAUUGAGAAGUGGAAGAUUCCGAGCGCCUAGGCCUGUAAACGCACACACGCAGGCAGAGUCUGCCGCUGACGGCGCGCACCAACUACCUAGCGCCAGAGGGGGAAACGGGACGAGGAGUUAAGGCGGUGGCGGCCAAGAGAAGGGAGAGUGUCAGCUUGGACGGGCCGCCGCCAGCCUUGGCCAGAGUCGCUGCCCUGUGGGGGACUGAGGCCUGUGAGACGGAGAGCGCGCUAGGACGCCUUGUAGGCCGCACAAAGCUUAAACUGGCAGAUUCCGAGUUACUGCACUUGUUUUUAAAAAGGAGAAAGCAACAUCUCUCCAGAAACCUCAGGAUGGGGGUGAAAACGUUUACUCACAGCUCGCCGGCGCACAGCCAGGAGAUGUUGGGGAAACUGAACAUGUUACGCAAUGACGGUCACUUUUGCGACAUCACCAUCCGGGUCCAGGAUAAGAUCUUCCGCGCACACAAGGUGGUCCUGGCUGCAUGCAGUGAGUUCUUCCGUACCAAGUUGGUGGGUCAAGCAGAAGAGAGCGCGCAAUGCGUACUAGAUUUACAUCACGUCACGGUGACUGGAUUCAUCCCUCUCCUGGAAUAUGCUUACACUGCCACCUUAUCCAUCAACACAGAAAACAUUAUAGAUGUGCUGGCUGCCGCCAGCUACAUGCAGAUGUUCAGCGUGGCCAGCACCUGCUCAGAAUUUAUGAAAUCCAGCAUUUUAUGGAACACACAACAGGAGAAGGUGCUCGAUACAGGACAGGAGAAUGCAGGCAGCAACUUCCGAGACGGCAGCCUCUCCCCAGUGUCAUCUGAGUGCAGUGUGGUAGAGAGGACCAUUCCCAUCUGUCGAGAGUCCAGGCGCAAACGUAAAAGCUACAUUGUCAUGUCACCUGAGAGCCCGUUGAAAUGCAGCACACAAACCAGCUCCCCACAAGUGCUCAACCCCACACCUUCUUACACCGAGGCAAGGGGUCAGCCUGUGGAUUCAUCCCACGCCUUCCCAUGGACUUUCCCCUUUGGCAUUGACCGAAGGAUGCAGCCAGACAAGGUGAAGCAGAUAGAGUCCAGAACAUUAGAACUACCCGGGCCUUCAGAAGUUGCUCGGAGGGUAACGGAGUAUGUGCCUUGUGAGAGCACUAAGGUCAGCUCACCUCUGGUAAUGGAAGACGAUGUCCGAGUCAAGGUAGAAAGGCUCAGCGAUGAGGAGGUUCAUGAAGAGGUGUCCCAGCCAGUCAGUGCCUCCCAGAGCUCAAUGAGUGACCAGCAGACCGUACCGGGGAGUGAGCAGGUGCAGGAGGAUCUGCUGAUAAGCCCACAAUCGUCUUCCAUAGGCUCCAUCGAUGAGGGCGUCGGGGAGGGUCUACCCACACUUCAGGGGACGGCCAGCAGCAAUGUCCAUGCAGAUGAUGAUGACAGACUGGAGAAUGUCCAGUAUCCCUACCAGCUGUACCUGACUCCUUCCACAAGCAGCACAGAGCGGCCAAGUCCCAAUGGCCCCGACAGACCUUUCCAGUGCCCAACCUGCGGAGUGCGCUUCACCAGGAUCCAGAACCUGAAGCAGCACAUGCUCAUACAUUCUGGAAUUAAACCAUUUCAGUGUGAUCGCUGUGGGAAAAAAUUCACUCGGGCUUACUCCUUAAAGAUGCAUCGGCUGAAACACGAAGGUAAACGCUGUUUCCGGUGCCAGAUAUGUAGUGCCACAUUCACUUCCUUCGGGGAAUACAAACACCACAUGCGGGUUUCCCGGCACAUUAUCCGCAAGCCUCGGAUAUACGAGUGCAAAACAUGCGGCGCCAUGUUUACCAACUCUGGAAAUUUAAUCGUGCACCUGAGGAGCCUGAACCACGAAGCGUCAGAGCUAGCAAACUACUUCCAGAGCAGCGAUUUCCUAGUCCCGGAUUACCUGAGUCAGGAGCAGGAAGAGGCUCUUGGGCAGUAUGAGCUGGCAGAACACGGCUUUGAAAGCAACUCCUCUGUCCAAAUGCCUGUCAUCUCCCAGGUCUCCUCCACUCAGAACUGUGAGAGCACAUUCCCACUGGGCUCCUUGAGCGGCCUUGCAGAGAAAGAGGGAGAUGAAGAGGAAGUGACCGAGCCUGCAAAGGCUACCCCCUUGGAAGAAACCAGCCGAGAUGACACCCCUAAAACAGAGGUGGCUUCCAUUGCUGUGGAAUAGUUGAUACCUAGAAGCAGCCGCCCUGCACCCGGACUUCAGCCAAUGCACAUUUCUUCAUUUUUUUUUUUAUCUUUUAUUCUUUUUUUGGGGAAAUGCCUGUGUUUGGUCAGUUCUAGUUCUCUUUACAUUUCCUUUUCUGAUGAAAGUAAAUGAGGCCCCCAAAGGACAAUGCAGGGAGGGCAUCUGCUUCCACGGCAGGCAGAAACCUGGAAUCCGCUGCUUGUCCUCUAACAGGAGGAGCCUUUGCAUUUGUUUAUGUCUGUGUGCCCUUACCUGGAUUACACCCUGCACGUUGCUGGUUGAUGUCCUUUUACGACACUAUCACACAUGUCACCAUUGAGCCAGUGGUGCAGGAUGAUGCGACUGCCAGUAACUCCUCCCCCACCCCUGGUGCCACGUGGUGGUCUGAUCAUAGAAACAGGCCCGCAGGACAGUCACCGGAGGUGCGUGCAGCAGGAAUUCACUGUUCCUGAGAACUACAGAACUUUCUCUUCAUCAUAGGAAGCUUGAAAUUUUUAAUGUAAUUGUGUUCUAUGAUUGGAGUGUUUGAUUCUCUUUUUUUGAUGUGAGGAGUGACCUGUAUUGUCUCGGUGGGACGUCGCUGCACUGGUACAGACAAUUUAUCUCCAUUGUCCAAGCUUAACCUUUGUGUUCAUUUUAGAAAUUCUUUGACCAAAUGUGUUCACCAGCAACGUAAAUUGUACAGAUCAUCUCCUGAUCCAUCACCUCUGUAAGAGCUGUAAAGACGUUUAGGCUGACCGACCUAAUCCUACGGUUCAGCUGAAGUCGGUAAGCACAAGGUAUAGACGACCUGCACUAAGCUAAGUUUUGAUUGGUUAAUAUUUGAUAGUUCGGCUGCUGUUGCUAUAGGUAACGAUAUGACCCAGUUUGCUCUUUAUUUACUAACCUUUUUAUUAUACCUGGAACUUGUAACUUUACUACUUUAUAGGUGUUUACUCUAUUAUCAUUAUGUGUUUUAUUUUUAUUUUAAGCCUUACCGGAGCGGAAAUCCCAGCUUUAGGGCUUUUCUGCUCCACAUGGAAAUCAUAAGACCCGUAGUAUUGGCCGGCACAGCCUUUGUUGUCAUCGGCUGGAGGCAGCCUUUGGCACAUUGCAUACGAUGACAGUGAGUGAGGAAAGAAUAAGGAAUUUCUGCUCAGGGAAAGCCACCAGCAGAUACCAGCUACUUUUUUAAAGUGUAAGAUCAGGGCCUGUCGUAUGGAGGACGACUUCUCGGGCAAAAUGCUGUGUAAAUGUCCGCAGGGACCAGGCUGCCAAUUUAGUUUUUGCUCAUAACGGUGCACAGAGCAUUGGGAGACGGGGUGGAAACUGGAUCGGAGACCUGGUCUGUCCAUCUGAGAGCACUCCACUAUGUAGGGCACAGUCUGUUCACCAGUUCCUAGAUGUUACACCAGGGUUGAAGCCUUGUGGUAAUUGUCACUUGGUAGCUGAUAAUAGACCAAUAAAUCCUCCCAUUGAGUCCUGUGGAGUCAGAGGGAGGGGGGAAGUCAUUCAUCUCUAAUUGUUAUGGUUUAUGGAUGAGAGACCAGGACCCAUCUAUAUUAGUGUUGGGGCCAUGGGUUAGUGGCAUGGUUUACUGCAUUCAGUGACUGUGGAGUCGGCUCCUUCCCAUCCUGGUUUUCGUCUCUUUUGCUGGCAGGGGUUCAAGUGUUUGUGGAUUGAUUUCUACUAUUAUAAGUAAGGCUACUUUCACACUGGCGUUUGGUGCGGAUCCGUCAUGGAUCUGCACAGACGGAUCCGUUCAGAUAAUACAACCGUCUGCAUCCGUUCAGAACGGAUCCGUUUGUAUUAUCCACAUA